CUUGUUAAUCCAGAUGACUACAUGUUGAUGUCAAGCUGGUUGGGGCAUACGACAGGGCCUCUGACAUGGCAAAGUACCACACUGUAGCAACCUACUCUCCGAUGUCAUUGACAGCGUGAAGCAUCCAUUUCCACAUGCAACCACCAGAGGAAGCCAGGAAUUGCUUAACAAACCUCGUACAAGACAGGUCUUCCCCGCAAUUAGCACCUUAUUACGUCGCUUUGCUUCUCUGUCCGCUACUAGCCCUCCUCUUCACUCAAUCCUUUCACCGGAUUCCAUCAAGACUCUGGGCUGUCCUCAUGGUACUCGAGAGCUUUGGCUUUAAUUUCGGUUGGUCUUGGGGGGCGAUUCAAUCAAACAUUGGCACAUCCCACGAGGCAAAGAAACUCAGAAAGAAACACGUCCGCUCUCGGGGUGAACAACUCGAGCUGAAUGGUUAUGCCAGACCAGAAGCUAGAACGGGACCGUUCGAGGGUUAUUACCCUGGCCUCGUCAAUAUUUCAGGUACAUAUUGCUUCAUGAAUGCUACUUUGCAGUCGAUGGCUUCCUUGUCUUACCUACAACCCUUUCUGGCCGCCAUUCACGAAAAAGCUGUCAGACUUGACGUGCCAUCGCCUGUCGUAGAUGCGCUCCUUGAUUUAUUGAAUGAGCUCAACACACCACGCUUUUCAUACCAUUCCAUACGCCCCAUUGGGAUCAUAGAUGCGCUAUCAUCCCAUUCCCGUGGCAAACACAAUUCACUCUUCUCCUCUAGAGAGCACCAAGACGCCCAGGAAUUAUUCCAGCUGGUCUCCGAAUGCAUAAAGAGAGAGAUUGGUGCAGUCGACAGGGAAGGUCAACGCGACCACGGUUUGGGCGGACUUUCUCUGGUCAAUCCAGAGGCAAAUAAGGAAAUAGGAAAGAGCGUGUUCGAUGGCCUGACAGCGAAUAGAAGAAGUUGCGUGGAUUGCGGAUAUACCGAAGCUGUUAUGCACUUCGCGUUCGACAGCUGGCAGCUCGCUCUCCCCAGAUACGCAGAGUAUUAUCGACUGGAAGACUGUCUUGCAGAGUAUACUAAACUCGAGCUACUCACGGAUUGUAUCUGCCGCAAGUGUUCAAUGACUGCGACCCAUCGGCGCCUGCAGCGAGAGGCAGAUCACUUGGAGAAGGUUGUCAAUGCUGACCCAAAUGCGACAAUUUCCAGGAAGAGAAAAGCAAAAGAUACCCGGAAAUUGGAGCUAAGGGUGAAAGCAGCCCUGGAAAGCGGUCGACUGGAGGAAGAUAUCAGGGGGUUGAAACUAGAGAAAGUUUUUAGCAAAGCCUCCACGAAACAGGCAAUGAUCGCGAGGCCACCCCUCGUGCUUGCGCUUCACCUCAACCGCUCGCUGAGUUACGGUCACCUUGUGAUGAAGAACAGCGUGCGCGUUGUAUUUCCGGAGAUACUCGACCUUACCCCUUUCACUACCUCGGGUAACCUGUCGAUCGUCCCUUCUGUCCCUAUCUGCUCACCACCUCCAACUUUACCUCGAUCCGCGACACCCACCCAAGCCAUGUAUUCUACGCCGCGGACUAUUUACCGCCUUUCUGCUGUCGUUUGCCACUACGGUCAGCAUUCCUUUGGGCACUAUAUUUGUUAUCGCCGCAAACCCCGUCCACCUUCGUGUGGCGCAUGGCGGUUUGCCCCUCCACGGUUCGCGGACCCGAUAGAAUGCGAUUGCGAGAAGUGUCUGCGAUAUGGCAAUAUUAGAGACGACGACGAUGCCAUCGAUUCCAUGUAUCUUCCAGGCCAUGGGUGGCUGCGUAUCAGCGACGACUCUGUCAAGGAGGUUGGGAUUGAGUCCGUACUGCAGGAGGGAUGCGGGGCGUUUAUGCUCUACUACGAGCGCGUGGUACAGUCACGCCCUGGUAUUUACCCGCUGCACGUCUCACCUCGGAGUUCAGAGGAAACCCUCAAACCGCGUCUAUCUACCUCCACCACGGUCAAUGCGUCUACGGCAUCGUUAACAAGUAUGUCAUUCUCGGAAGAGAGGGAGAGGGGUACGCGGGGUGCUAGGAUCGUGAGGAGUGUGGCGGCCAGAAGAGGACGAAGUGCGUCAGUUACACCCUCAGAGCAGUCGAGCAAGUCAGAAUCAAGUAUCCCGAAUGGUUCUGCUGCUAUCUCCGAAAAUGGGAAUGCUGCUUGUUCGUCGCCACCCUUGAAAACGUCUCGGUCGCAGGUCUCGCUUCCAAGUAUGCCAAGCAGUGAAUUUCAAGCGUCUAAUCUCUCUGCGUCGGCCCCAGACCUUCACCUUCAUCGAACCACUUCGGGUUCCUCAUCGCAUUCAUUCGUCUCUUCUACAUCGCAUCACCAUAAACCUUCUGUGGUGGACCUCAAAGCAUGAUGGCCCACGCUUACCUAUAAUCCAUGAUACUAUUGUUUACCUGUUUAUUCGUCGCCAUGUAUCUGUAGUACUUGCACCUUGAGUCACACAUCCCAUUUCGUUACUUAUAUAUAUGCAAGCAGUUGGUUUGAUUUACCCACACGGGACGAAGCAAA